UACCAAACAAUGCUGAAUGCACGUCCAAGAGACGCAUGUCUUCACGAUUGAACAAAACCCAAGAUGUUAAGAAGAAAGGUAAAGUUACUUCUGAGAGAAAGGAGGUCGUCAAGAAUAGGACUAAGGGAAAUGCUGCCUUACCUGUCGACACAAGUGAUUAUACUAGAUGUUCUUCGUCUUUUAAUAAAGUUAAGGGGAAGAGAGCUGCCAACGUUCAGAAAAAGCUUAACCGUAGAAAUAAGAUUGCAAAGACUGCAAAAAAACAUUCUGGACAUCCUCUUGACCCUGAGUUCUUUCAUUUUGAUCGCAAAGGAGACUAUAGGCUGCGUCUUCCUGCUGAAGUUGCGAGACGAGCAGGUCUUUCUCUUGAUCUUCAUCCUUUGAAAGUUCAAAACAUGGUUGGAGUUGUGCAGGUUUAUGAUGUUAAGUUGGAGUUAAAUGAAUUGAAGCCACGUUAUGCGUUGGACGGUUGGCGAAAGUUUAUGACUGGCAAUAACUUGAGAUUUGGUGAUAUGUUGCAUUUCACAUACGUGUCUUCGCAACAGAAGAUAGUAUUAAAUCAAGUUACAUCAGUUUAACAAACACAUUUUAAGUAUGUUCUGUUAUCAGAUACUAAUUAUGAAUUUUUUGAUGGUGAUGUUGUAGGUUUUUUUCUUAAAUUAUUAACUUGAUGAUUGGUUGCUAUGUAUGGCUAAG